AUGGCGGCGGUGGAGCUUCCACAGCGCAAGUCGCCGCCGGCGUCGAAGAGCAGAGAGGAGAGGAGAGUGAGAGUGAGAGCAGAGAUGAGUGCGGGCAGGGGAGCAAAAUUCCGACGCUCGAGCACUUUAGACCCCCCGACCAGGUUUCACACUCAAGCGCUUCUCCCCGUGCGUGAGUCUCGAGGCAAGGCGGCGCUCUCUGCUGCUAAAUCUCUUGUUGGGAUUUCAUCAUCUCUUGAUAUAGGUAGCAAGCCUCUAAAGCGGUGCUCUGGUUUAUUGAUUGAUUGGGACGAGGAGAGCAAAACCUGCGUUGUUUUGACAACUGCACAUCUGAUUCGCACAAAGGAUUCUCCUGUCAAUGUCUGGUUAGGCGGAGAAGAGUAUACUUCCAAUGCUGAUGUCACUGUUCAUUUACUAGAUGGCACUAGUGAAAAGGGUCAGCUGCUGUACUACCAGCCACACUAUGAUCUUGCUUUUGUGCGGGUUAAAGUGGACCAGCCUAUCCAGUUGUCGUCUUUCAGUGAAGAAGUGACAUUUGCUGAAGAAGUUCUUCGGCUAGGAAGAGACAAUAUGUUAGAUCUAUGGAUAACUUAUGGUAGAGCUGCAUAUCAGAAUCCAGAUAUUGAUGAGCGGUAUCAUUACAUGUACUUUGAUUGUGCAGAUGAUGAUAACGAUGAUGACGAGUAUGACAACGGAGGGCUAGUCAUUAGCUUGGAUGGAAAAAUUGUUGGAAUGUUCAACAUUAGCUCGAGGGGGUCUUUCAUACCUUCUUCUAUUUUGCUCAGUUGUGUGGAUUUGUGGAAGAAAUAUGGGCGCAUCCCCCGGCCCCAACUUGGAAUGACGUUUGAGGCCAUCAAGCUUCUAGAGCCUGCUCAUGUUGACAAGAUAUGGUGCAUGUGCCACAUUGAUGAUGGUCUUGUUGUUCAAGAGGUCUUGAAAGGAUCUCCUGCUGAUAAAUUUGGAAUCGAAAGAGGUGAUAUUGUUGAGUGUUUCAAUGGAGAACCCAUUUCUAAUACUGUUGAGUUGGAGAAUAGGUUGAUGAACACAUGCAAGGGCCUUUCAGACAAUUAUAAUGACCUUGUUGAAGUUCAUGUUUCUGUUGUGGUGUUUCACACGCUUAAAAAACAGCGAAGGAUUGGAGAGUUGACUGUAAGUGUAUCAGAUCUUGGAGAAAUUAUUGCAAGAGGUACACAUCUCCUAUUUUAACCUAGUCCCAUCUAAAAAUUAUCUUGAGGGUUAAUUUGAUUUAUUCCUCUCUGAAUUUCUAGAGAUAAAAAAAUGCCACUGCAGAAAAACGACUUGUCAAAAAUGCCACCACAGCUUCCCUAU